AGCGAUCGGAGCGCCAAUUCAGAAAAAGAAAACCAAACAAAAAAUAUCCAACGCAGACGCAGCGGGGUGAAGGGUCACGAAAGGGAGAAGAGCAGAAGGACGUCUCACUUGUGUGUGUUCCCCUCCAAAAAAAGCACGUCAGAGGCUGUUGGAUCCCACUCCCCAUACGUAUUCUUUCUGUUGGGUGUUCUCGCCAGGUGCUUCACUAUCCAACCAAGAAAAAAAUGUCGUCGCUUCUGCAGUGCACGGAUGACCUGCUGCAGCAGAAGGCGAUGCAGUCGUCGCACUACGAGCGGUUGGAGCGGCAGCUGCUGGACCGGGAGCGACGACGGCGUGCGGUGGUCAUGACGCUGAAGCAGCGCAUCGCGGAUGUGGGGCGGCGCGGCAACGACGUCGUCGACCUCCGCCGCGAGAACCGGCAGCUGGCCGAUCAACUCGCCCAACACGCUCUCCAGUUCGCCGCACUGCAGUGCCGCGAUGCGGAGGCGCAGAAGACACGACGGGGAGCGGUGGAGAGGCUGCAGGACGGUGUGCGGAGUUGGUCGGGGCACCCCGCGCAGAUCGUGUUGAUUCUUCAAGCACUGGAAUGGCAGAAGAAGCUGAGCACAGGUGCGAGGAAGCUGCGGCGUGCGCUGCGGUCCAUUGGGCAGACGCUGCAGCUGCAUCGACAGGUAUGUGUCUUUCACGGACGCUGCACCGCUGUGAUGCGGUGGCACCACACGUGCGCGGCGUGCCUCACGGUGUCUCUGCGGGAGAGGAUGCAGACCGCCACGCAAGCACGGAGUGCGGCGCUGCAGGAAGCAGCGGAGGCUAACGCGCAGUGCGCCGGCCCACUGACGGAAGAGCGGUUCCACGCGGAGCGGACCGGUGUUGCGCUGGAAGCUGAACUCGACCUCUUCCACGCGUACGCAGACAACCUUACCGACAUGUGUGAGAUGGCGAAUGAGGAGGUCGCAGCGCUGUCGUCGCUGGUGGACACGGAAGCAGACAUUCUGGCGGAGGGGGAGGCAAAGCUGGAGGCCGCGGUUGCCACGGUCACGCAGUCCGCCGACGCGCUGUCCGUGCAGCGAGAGACACACGCACGUGCCUUCACUGACCUCACGCAGCAGCGGCAGCAACUCACAGCGGAGAUAGCGAAAGCUGAGGCAGUGGCCACCACAACGCAGGCAUGCGUACGCGAACUAACAACAUUACGCGACGGUACGCAGCAGCACACCCACAAGGUUCUUCGCCAGAUGCUGACGGUGGACUUCGUGCUGGCGCUGUGUGACCGUGUUCACCAGCGCUGCACAACGCAGCAGUUAGCGCAGAUGUCCGAGCGUGCGGCCGUGACGCAGGAGCUGGCGCAGCUGCGCACCGAACACGCCACCCAACUCAGAGACCGGCAGAUGGCGCGGGCAGAAGCGGCACGGCGUGUCGAGACGGAGACCCUUCUUCGUCAGGAAGCGCAGCUGCGUAGGGCGGCGGUGGACUUGGAGGGGGAUGAGUGGCGGCUGCUACACGCGCAACUCGUGCGGGAUGCAUGUCGCGCUCGUGCAGCAGCAGCAGAGGCAGCAGCAGCGGCUCGCGAGGAAACUAAACGGAGGCGCCAGUCGAACGGGAAGGGCGGUGACGCUGUUGCGGCGCCGCGACUGCCGCGGGGAAAGCGACAACGUGGAGGCGACCGCGCCGCAACGCGCUCGUCAGCUGCCUCCCGUCGCCAGCGUGCGGCACUCGAGGCGGUGAACGCGCUGACGCUGACUGCCUCGCAGGACGGCCGUCGCCCCUCUCCUUCGAUUUCUUCUCCGACUUCUUCGUCGAUCACCGCCGGGCACACUGCUAGGACGGCCUACCGUCUUGUCUCGUUGAAGCCUUCACUGGUGAAGAGGCCCGGCUCUGCUGGCGCUGCAGCAGCAGUGAUGGGUGACACCACACGUGCCUCUUCGAAAAUCGCCAAACGCGCGCACGUGGCCUCUGCGAUGUCGCCGUUUAUGGCGGUGAUGAGCGAGUCCGACUCGAGCUUCUCGUUGAUGCAUGACAGCGGCGGUGCGAUGGAGACAGGAGCGGCGACUGCUACUGCUGCGGCCGCCGUCACGCCCGACAACACGGUGAAAGGGCGAGGGAGAGAGACGCCACCGGCGGUGUCGUCGCUGUCGCUGUCGCCGUCGCCGUCGCCCCGCUGCCCGGCUGGCGGGCGCACACGCAUCUACGCCCCUGUCUCUACACACCACCACCACAACAACCACCCGACAGCAACGGCACUGCCGUGUCGCCGCCUGCAAGCUGCCGUUGACGCGGAGGUGCAGAAGACCCCGCGGAGUGCGUUGGACACGGCUUUGAUGGCUGCCCGCACCCCCCGCCCGGUUGCGGUGGCCAACGCGCGUCCUGUGGCGUACAAGCUGUCUCCAAAUUCAGGGAAUCCGUCAGCGUUGCCGACGCGUGGUGGCGGUGGCCUGGGUUCGACACGUGCGCGCACUGGGCUGUUCGCACCGCCCCCGUCCGCGGCUGCUGUUCCCCCUCCUCCUCGUGCGCCGUUCAGCGGUGUUGGCAGGCGUCGGGCGCCGCCGCUGAUGCCGACGGCUGGAGGUGCUGCGGACGACCUCUUCGCGGAUUUGUUUUCGUAA